CUUGAUGUGAUAUUCAUGACAUCGCACAAACACCAUGUUAAUUGGCAGUUGGACCUUUACUUCUGAGAGCCCGCAACUGUUUACCAGUGCGCUGUUCUGUGCUGCUGUGAAUGUCAUUGGUGUCGUCGUUUAUCGCAUCUUCUUCCAUCCGCUAGCUCACAUCCCGGGGCCUCUAUUAGCGGGAGUGACCUCUCUUUAUUGCUAUUGGUAUAAUGCUCGCAGUGGGAGGCUCUAUUUACAGAUACAGAAACUGCACGAGCAAUAUGGACCCGUCAUUCGUAUCACUCCAAACGAAGUCCAUCUAAGCGACCCAAAAAACCUAGAAAAGAUCUACAGCAUCGGCUCACGAUAUGGCAAACACGGCGACUUCUAUCGCGCCGUCGGUUCAGAGAGAGCAUCAUUAGCCACAGAAAGUCCCGAAGCCCACCGGAUCAAACGAUCAGCAAUCAACCCAUUCUUCUCGCGCAGGAAGGUUCUGUCCCUGGAGGAGGUAGUACAAGGCACAGCCAAAAAGAUAGUCUCGCGCAUGCAGUCGGCUUUUGAGACCUCAGGACGACUUGACCUCCAUUAUGCCUUUCGGGCAGUAUCUGUGGAUGUCAUUACUAACUAUGCGUUCGACGAGUCGUAUAAGUUACUGGAUGCGCCAGAUUUUGGGAAAGAAUUCUUCGAUGUGAUUCGUGGUUUUGGUCCUGCAACUUUGUUCUUCCAGACAUUUCCAACUAUUCGCUAUAAGCCCUGGGGCAGCAUGCUACAGCAUCAACAGAAUGCCCGCAACCAGGUACUCCGCGUAAAGGAUGCAGUGGACAAAGGAGAAAAGUCGAAGCGGACUAUAUUCCACCACCUUCUUCAGCUCGAUGAUGUAGAAGGCUAUGAGCCAACAAUAGAUUUUCUCGCGGACGAGGCAUAUAUUGUCCUUGGGGCUGCGGCAGAUACCACUGGUAAUGCACUGACGAUUGCGACUUACAAUACUGUUAUCAAUCCGGACAUUUACAAAUGGUUGACAGCCGAGUUGACGGAGGCAUUUCCUGAUCCAGAUGCCGAUAUAGAUUUUACGUCUCUUGAGAAGCUACCGUACUUGACGGGUGUUAUCAAGGAGGCAUUACGUCUCUCCUUCGGUGUCCCUGGCCGACUCCCACGAGUCGUUCCCAAAGGCGGUGCACAGUUCAACGGAUACGCAGUUCCAGAGGGUACUAUCAUUAGCAUGAGCGCAUGGACAAUGCACCACAGCGAAGAAAUCUUCCCAGACUCCUACAAGUUCGAUCCAAACCGCUGGACCGAUCCAGUCGUUUGUAAGGCCUUGGACAAAUACCUGUUCGCUUUCGGGAAAGGAUCGAGACAAUGCGUCGGAAUGCCACUCGCGUACUGUGAGCUGUACGUUACGCUUGGCCGAGUAUUGCGCCAAUUCGGUGACCUAAAGACGAGAAAGAAGAGCCCGGAGGAGCUUGUGUUGAAUGAUUAUUUCUCAGGAUAUCAUCCUGCAGAGUAUGCCGAUUUCAUUUUUGAAAGAGCGGUAUAGUUUAGACAAUAGCAGAGAUAGGAAUGGAAU